AUGUCUAUUGACCCUGAGGUCCUCCUCGAUGUCAUUGGUACCCUGCCAUCGGGAUUACAGGAUAAAUCUAAAGAGCAGACUCUCCGUGCUUAUCUCUCCAAUCCUGUUUACUCGUUAGAUUCUUUAAAUUCACAAACAAUUGUCUUAUCUCAGUUAUUUUCAAAACUCCUAUCUAAUUCUGCUAACGCAGAUUGCUGUGAUUUAUUCUUAUAUGCGACGUUGAAUUGUCAUGCCGAUAUUUGGUUUGGUUUACUUAUUUCAAAUCUGCAACGAGCAAAUGUUUCCUCAGGAGAACUACAGCAAUGCAUUAAUCUCCUGUUGAAGUUUCUUUUGGAUUAUGGGCGUUUUCCCCAACUACUGUCAGCAAUUCAUAAUAUAUCUCUCUGUAUACCAGCUCCCAAUCGAUAUUCCUUUAUUGUAGAUAAGUUACGCCAAAUUGUUAACGUCCCGACGAUUGUUAAUAAUUCUAUUAAAUCAGCUUCACUGCCAAAAUUAUUCAGAUCUGAGGUUUAUUUUCCUUUCAUUCUGCGGCAUUCUACUGAAGUUAAUUUAUCUCAAAUGAAUCCUAUACUCAUUUCUCAAGCUUGCCUUCAAGGCUUUGGGAACGAUGCUUGGAAUUGUAUCCUACAACAAAUUUCUCGUUCAAUGGAAACCUCAAUUAUUUGGAGUUCAGCACUUUCCCAAAUUCAAGAAAGAGCCCUUGAGCCAACCAUUGUUCCUCUUCUCAAAAAGGCCUCUCAUCCUCACCUAGUUACCAUUUGUCUUUCUUCGGCUCUAAAAUCUCCCCUUCGAAGUUCCCUUUUAAGGUUGUUUAAUCGUCUUCUAUUCUUCCGCCAUUUCCCUCCUUGUGUGCCCGUAUGUAUUUUCGGUUUUCUGAAGGAGGUUAUCACUGAUGAUCUCUACAUUCGUGUAGAAAAGGACCUGGGUCUAAAUUUGCUGAAUUGUUGGUCAGAUUCUACUGCUCUCAAUAGCAGUUCAUCGCAUAAUCGUAUCUACUUGAAUCAGGCUCUCGUUGCUUGGGUGUGUGCAUUUCGAGAAUACAUUGUCAAAUCCCCGAAUUACCAUACUAUGUUGUCCUGUGUUUUAAAGGGGAUUUCAGCCCAUCUUUCGUGCAAUAUAGAGGAACAGAGGGUGCUUGGUAUGAGCGUCGGUGAAUGGCUAAUGGAAAAGUUGGAAAUUGGCAAAAAAGAAGACGGUGAUAGCGAAAAAAAUUGGCUUAAAUUUGAGUACAUUGAAAAUGAGGCGGUCAAACAAGUUAAGCCACUGUUUCAGCCAAUUCCACCUUACAUAUCUUCUGAAAGUCAGCAAAAUUAUGAUUUAGAUGAGAUUUUCAGUUACCCACCUGAUGAUUCUUUGACCAACGGUCCAUCAAAUGUACCCUCAAUAGUCUCAGAGCUGGAUAGUGACGAUGAUCCAGAUGAAGAGGAAAUUGAAUUAGCCCAAAAGUUUCCCAAGCUUCCGGAAUAUUCAAAGCCUGCACCAACCGGUUGGCCAUUCAGAGAGCGUCGACCGCACUACCUGCGUGAAUGUAUGGACGGGUUGAGUGGCGUGCAGCAUGAAUCGGAUGAUGUUUCCAGCAAUGAGGUUGCUCUGUCAUGUUUUGCUCAUGCCAAGGAGUUAAUUUACCGACAUCGUGGUGGAGCUGUGGAUGAAAUUGCCACCUCCUUUGCUGAUAUUCUCCUUCAUACAGAACCUCCUGCUUGUCCUGAUACUGAUAAGGUGAAUGAAUCACGUAAUGAAGCUCUGGUUGCCUUGGCAGUCACAUCUCCACGUCGAACAGUUCGCUACUUAACAGGUCAAUUGACUCAAUCAAGUUUGGGCAUCAACCAGCACCAUAUUAUUAUAGCAGUUCUCACAUCCGCAGCUGUAGAACUAAAGGAAAACUUUAUCCCUGUCGUUGGAGAUUUCUUCUUUCCCAUGCUCCGAGCUGCUGACCACUGGGCCUCUCGCAAACCCGAUGACGUCUAUAGUCAUCUCGACGAUGGAAUUCUUGCAAGACUAGUUGCCUCUCUGGGAUCCAUGUAUGCAUUGGCCUCUAAUUCUCCCUUGCUUCCACGCAUGGUUAAAGGUUUGUUGGACCUUAGUGAGGCCCUUUUAGCCCCAAAACGUGAUCCUGCAGUUCGAAGAGCACUCCUUACUACCUUAAAUGUCAUGCUCACAGCGACAGAUUCUUCAGUGUUCGCAGCGAAUUAUCAGCUUUUCCUGAGUAGUAAUUUCACUAGCCGGCUUCUCAGGACACUACAGGUGGAAACAGAUUCGGAUUGUCAGAAAUUAGCCCAAUUUGCCCUGGCUUUUCUUCGACGCAAUACUGUCGAAUUUAUCGGUGCUGAUUUGGAUAGCCUCCAUAUUACUAGAACUAUGGAAUGUGAUGAGCCAAUCGAGGUGACUCCUGGAAUGCAGCUUAAUGGGAAAGCAGUUGCUGACCAGCCUUCUCUGCAACACAUGGUUCAUGCUGAAGUUCGGCUAACUCGUAAUAGUAUUGCUUCUAGGGAAAGCGUCUGUCAGGCGGUUGAGAUGUUUCUGCGUGCCAAAUCGGGACCUUGUAAUUUGCCCUCUCACCUUGAAAGUGCAGAUUUUGCAGAGUUGACAUCGGGGAAAAUAGCUUUUAUGCAGGAGAAUGUCGCCUCUAUAAAUCUGAGUACCGAAGAUUCCGAUUGCCCAAUCAGUUGUGAAUCAGCUUGCCAAACUACCUGUUUAGAAAAAGCUCCGCUUAUGUAUCAUGUGUAUCGUCUUGUCCAUGGUGACGAGGCUGACCCUACUCAUGAAACCCUUGAGGUGGCUAAUGAGGUCAUUCGCGGAGGUACUCGUUGGGCUCUUCCCUCCACCUCCUUCGAUGGACUUUGGGACUCCCUAGUCUAUGAUUCAACUGUCAAACGUGAUCUUCUCAAGUACUCGGAGUCUGCUCUCUUGUUUGCUGAUUGUCAAGUAAGUCAACAUGUGAUCGCCUGGAACCGUGUUAUAUUUCUUCACGGACCACCAGGAACUGGUAAGACAUCGCUUUGUCGUGCUCUGGCUCACAAACUCUCCAUCCGUCUCUCGCAUCGUUUCACCUCUUCCGCUUUGAUUGAGAUCAACACAGUCAAUCUUAUGUCUAAAUGGUUCUCUGAGUCCGCUCGUCUAGUUUCUCAGAUGUUCACUUCCAUCUUCGAGUACCUCGAAGAUCCUGACCAUCUCGUUUUUCUUCUUGUCGAUGAAGUUGAAAGCUUGACUGCUGUGAGAAAAUCUGUGGCUUCCUCUUGUGAACCGAGUGACGCUCUACGCGUUGUCAAUGCAGUCCUAACGCAUCUAGACCAGCUGAAGCAUUAUUCAAAUGUUAUGGUGAUGGCCACCUCAAAUGUGACUGGUGUUGUUGAUCCCGCUUUUCUGGAUAGAGCUGACAUUCGGGCAUAUAUCGGGCCUCCUUCAGCUGUAGCUAUAUACUCAAUCUACUCCUCCUGCUUGAACGAACUCAUUCGAGUCGGCCUUAUUGAGCGCCAAAAAUCUGGUCUUCUCAGCUACCGAGUGCUAUCCGCUCUGCAGUUUGUUGGAAGUUCGGUUACAGCACCAAGUCUCCUAGUAUGGCGCUUAGCUCAACGCAGCGUCGGGCUGAACGGUCGAACACUUCGAAAGUUACCCCUCCUUGCUCACGCUUUUCACUUGGAUACAACUAAAUAUCCCUCUAGUAUUCCACUUCGGUGGUCUGGAGCAAUUAACGGCUCCUGUGGAGAUAAAGAAAAUCGUUCUGCUCCCCAUCCCGCAUUUGGAAGUGGCGGAAAAAGAUCCUCCACACCUGCUGUUCCUCUUGACGUCUUUAUUGAAGCGCUCGAAAAGGCCGUAGAUAGUCGGUUUUCGGACCAAAAUCUUAUUGCUCAGUCGACUGAUGAGUCAAUAGAUGGAAAGAGAGAAAAGGCUACUGGGCCUGUUGAUGGUGCUUUGAGCACUACCUCGUCUGUAAACGUUCAUCUUCCUUGA